AUGUCUGAAGUCAUUGAAGGUAACGUUAAAAUUGACAGAUUGUCUCCAGGUGAUGGUGCUACUUUCCCAAAAGCUGGUGAUUUAGUCACCAUUCAUUACACUGGUACUUUAGAAAACGGUCAAAAAUUUGAUUCUUCCGUUGACAGAGGUUCCCCAUUCCAAUGUAACAUUGGUGUUGGUCAAGUCAUUAAAGGUUGGGAUGCUGCUAUUCCAAAAUUGUCUGUAGGUGAAAAGGCUAGAUUGACUAUUCCAGGUGCUUACGCUUAUGGUCCUCGUGGUUUCCCAGGUUUGAUUCCACCUGAUGCUACUUUGAUCUUCGAUGUCGAAUUAUUGAAGGUCAACUAG